ACACUGCGAGCGGGUAAACACGUACCAGACCAGCGAGCCAAGCGCAGCAAAACGAGUUUUCAAAACUUUCAAAUCUUUCGCGUGUAACGGACGUGCCGUCGCAUGCUUCCGCUCCGUAUACGAAAUUCUUGAUCGUGUGUGCCGGGUGUGUGCAAAGUUUUGAUGUGUCUUGCUUCGGGAAGCGGGCGCUUGGAUAUCAUCCGGGGGGCCAAGUUUUGUUGUUGAAGCUGCGGCCCGCUCUAGACGCCGUAAGUGGUCGAAUCGUAAGUGCGAACAAAAGGCGAUUUUGAUUUGUUCUAAAGCACCAUUAGCAGCGUAGGUGAGGUAUAAGAAGCAUAACGUUUUAAUUAAAUUAAACACGCAUCGACACGCGCGGUGCGUGUAAGCUGUCGCGUGUGUUCUGUGUGUGGGUGGUGUGUGGUGUGUGUGUCGAUACACGUGACACACGUCAAGUUUUGUGCAUAUAAUCCCACUAGCUGUAUGUAUGUGUGUGUGUAUAAGUGUGUAUCAGUGUUUUUAAGUGUAGCAGAUAUUAGAACGGAUUGUUUGUUUGUUUGGUGGCAGUAGGCAAUAUAGGCAAACAAACAAACGAACACCUGCAAAACUGUGUAUGCAGUGUAUGCUGUAUAGACGCUUAGAGGCUUCCCGCUCAGAGGCCCCACAAACCCGGAACUGUUCGAACGGAGCAGCUCGUACGGAAAGUCGCUUCUCCUAACUUUUCAAGAAAGUUGUGCGAAGAACGUGUAAAACAAGUGAGAGUGUGCGAUUUGCUGUUUAAUUCAGCACACUUUAGUCGUGGUGCAGUUCGCGAAACGAAUUCGGCGCCAGUGUAACCUAGCUUUACAGACAAACAAAAUAUUGACCGAGCUAUUGAAAGCAGAAAAAAUCAAACAUAAUAAAGUUGCACUGUUGAAAGAUAAACGAAAAAAAAUCAUCCGGAAGUUAGUUGAACACAGAAGAAAAGAAAAACAAAACAGCGCAGCUGCAGAACGCGAGCGGCAACAUGACGAGCAAGUUGCAAAAAGAGUGUAAAACAAAGUAAAGCAAAACAAAAAAAGGAAGAAAGAAGUAAAAGUAGAAGAAAUUUCCUUCACUAAAGCGUGCCUUGAGUGUUGCAUAAAGAAGCAUAGCAAAAGCAAGAAGCUAAGAAGAGAGAGAGAGAGGGUGCUACCAAAAAAAAAGAAGGAAAAUAAAGUGUAACUAGAAAGUGAAAGGGCGUAAAUGGAGAGAAGCGAGAAGCAAAGAUAAAAGUUCAAGCAUAAAUUGAAUUCCUUCGAUUGUAAAGUGUUAGUUGGUGGGUGCGGUGUGCGUUUGUGUGGCGUAAAAUAAUAGCAAAAGAAAAAAAAGCGAUUCGAGAAGUGUAAGCAAAAAAAAGGUGAAAAUUGUGCAAACGAGCGACGAGUGAAUAGUGUGUGUCCCUGUGCCGCUGUGAGUGUCUCUGUGUGUCCUCUGUGAGUCUCUGCACCAGUAUCAGGCCAUCCGCAUCGUUCUACCGGAAAUGGCACCGAUUCGAAACCGCCCUUCAACUCAAGCCCUUCGACCGGUGCGGGCGAUGGCGCUAGUGCUGGUGAUUGCAUCGCUCCUGGCAACCAGUUGCACAGCCGACGAAGCCGUUACAGAUCUCGAAAUGCGUUGCCAGAGCGUGCAGUGUUACAUCGAUUGCCCUGCGGAUAGCUACCUGCCGAACACAUUCGACACAAACGACGAAAGGGAGGUUGGAACCGAGCCGAGCGAAACGGCCGCUGGAAGCGACCGCGAAAGGCGCGCGAUCGCCACGAACAACCGUGUCCAUGCCCCGAUCCAGAUCGUUCCGAGUCCGUACCAGGACUACUUCCGAAACAACUUACCGGCAGCGCGGCGGCUAAAGCGCAACAUCGACCCAACCGACCUGAUGCCGCCGGCGGCAAUCGAUUACAGCGAGAACGAACCACACCUCCAGGAGCUGUGCUGUCCGAAAUGCGUCUGUCAGCCCUGUCCCGAGAUACCGAGCUGCCCACCAAACUUCAAGCUCACCAUCGACGCACACGACCAGACGGGUCAGCCGGGCAAGUGCUGUCCAUCGUACCAGUGCGAACUGCACAAUCCGAUGUGCUACUCCGAAACGAACCGGACCUGGUACCGGGACAACGAGAGCUGGCAGGAGUCGCGCUGCACCACCUGCCGGUGUCAGGCGGGUGUGCCUAGAUGCGUAGCACCGACCUGCAAACCGCUGAACUGUGAGCACCAAAUCGACCUGCCCGACCGGUGCUGUCCGGUGUGCGAUCCGCAAAAGUCCAUCUUCUGCGAGGACCACAACUGUGAGCUUCGCUGUCGCAACGGGUACGAACGGCGCGGUGAUUGUGCGCUGUGCAGCUGCGUGCAGCCGUCGACGAACACAACGAUCGAUCGCACGAUGCCGGACAACAAGCCGACCGAAACGACGGCGUUGGUGGCGAACUACACCUCCGGCGACGUUGCUACUACGAACACCAGCGAGGCCGGCCCUGCUGCGGAUGAUGGAUUUUUCAACAGCCUACCUACGAUCAUCUGGCUUGCGAUCGUCAUUAUUACUAUAUUGGCUACCCCGAUUAUCUAUAGCUGGAUGACCAAGGAGUGUGUCAAGGAGGGGCUCAAGAUGCUUUUCACCUGCAACCAGAUCUCGCAACGUAAAAGUGCGUACAACCGGGUGUCCAGUACGGUUCCUGUUGCACCGCCAGCAAACGGGACGGCAGCCGCCAACAGUAUGGCCUAAAAGGGGGUGGCCUUUUUGCGUGAGUGUUGUUUAGCUCGUGAUGGUGAAGGAUCGGUUUUAUUAUCCUUGCGUUUAUCAUUUAUUUCGAACUUAAUUUACUUUCCACAUUCGAUUUAUUUUACCCAAUUUUGAAAGAUUUUCUGUCAUUUUUAUUAUUUCUUUUCUUCUGUCACACCUAUUAUUACACAAAGAACUGGAUAGGUUCUCUUUAUAGAAACCACAACAAUAUUUCCAAACCGGUUUUAACCGUUCUAUGUUUCUAUUGUUCCCUUAACACUCGAGGCAAGAGUGUCUUUGGUGGACGAAACGCAAAAAAAAAACAAUUUAUUUCCUAUCCAUAUUAUUUCAAUAAUGAACCACUAAAAUUAUUACAUAAAUUCUCUAAAUGCGUGAGAAAAAAAGCGAAAAACAAACAAAAAAAAACAAAACAAACAUAAUUUGUGAUAGUACUCUGAAAUAAUGUGAAAAAAAAACAAGAAACAUUUGCACUGCAGCAGUGCCUUGCAGUGCAUAACGAAGAAUACGCGAGAUGAGAAGAGAAGACAAGAAGAAAAGUGAAGCUACGGAGCGACAAACGAUGGUAGCGCAAAAAUGGAAACAAAACCGAACUACUGCUCCACAUUUGGAAUGGAUUGCUGAUCUCGACAGCAAAAUGUUACUAAAAAGUUUUGCAAACAAAAGCAUGAUGAUAUUUCACGAUGAAAAUUAAAAAAGCAAGGAAGAAAAGCUAGAAAGGCUGCAUUAGGGCAUACGGUGUGGGGUGGCGCGCAUUGCCAUCGUCACCGUGGCAGGAGUGGUAGAUGUAAAAUGCUACAUUAAGCUUAAUGUUAUACAAACAAAACAAAAAAAACACACACACACAAAAUACGUAUUCCUACGUUAGUUAGUGAUAGUGUUUAAAUUACUUCAUAUUUAUUUAAAACGAUCGGGAACAUUGCAAAACACAAAUACAACUGCACGACAUUUUUUUUUAAUAUAUAUAUACAUAUAUUUUGUUUAAUGCACUAAACAAAAUCGACACUACUGGCCAUUUCUUGCACAAAACCGAAACGUCAGCUGAAUUGUGAUCAAUUUGUUUAUCUAUUUCAUUAUUAUUUUUGUGUUUUGCUUUUAAAUUCCGAUAACGUUCUUUAAUUGUCUUGGUUGCUCUUAAAACAUGUGUGUGUGUAUUGUUUGUUGUUUUUUUACAUAAAACGAAUUAUACUAAUCGUUUUCAUGUCUCUUGUCAGACUUGUUUAUACAUGUAUUAUUUGAAGACUUUUUUGUAAACGAAUUACCACCUUACCCUUUUUCUCUUUUGUUAAGUUUAGUAGCUUUCCCCUACUAUGAGAAGGUUGUUUUUCUUUUAAUUUCUGGUUCGGUUAAAAAUGAAAACAAAACCUGUUUAAAAGAAACAAAACAUAGAUUAAGAUGGACCAUGGCACGCACACAUGGUGCUUGAUUGGUGGGCAUGUGUUGGGAGCUUCCGUUGUAAAGGAAGUGACCAGAUGCGACCAAACAAAUUGAGGGGGGCCCACGCAUCGGUGGGCUAAUUUCAAUCAAAACUGCAAAAGAGAGAGAAAAAGAGCACAAAAGUGACAGGAGUGCAGGAUUGCAUAUUUGAGACAGAGAAAGCAAAGCAAAAAGAAAAACGCACACAGACAAAGAAACAAACAAACAUCGUUGAUGAAACAUAUGAUAAAAUCAAUGCUUCCAAGAACUAAUACAAAAAUGCAGCUGCAUUAAGCGGAAAUUUAAAUCGAUAUUAACGGCAAACUGGAACACUCUUUAUGCAAACAAACAAAACAAAACAAAAAAUCAUAGAAAACCAACCACCUGGAGGGUGGAUGCAAUAUAUACACAGUAGACAGGAGAGACAAAAAUCAAAGCUACAACAGUUCCUGGCUUAAACCCGUAGCUACAAGCAGCUACCCUCAAAUGAUGUAAAAAGCUUCAUAACCGCUUUACUGUCCACGGUACGAAACGACCAUUUGGAUUUAGAGGGAGUACCAAUCGCUCACACUGGUCCUAUUGCAUAUCUCUUCCCACAGACACGGUACACAAGUAACGAAACCCCGAACUACUAAGAGACCAGCUAGACUAUUAUGUACACGUAAGCACAGCAUGCGAUCACUACGAUGCGCGAAACGUUUUAUCGGGGAAGAAGUUCUACCGCUCGCAGUUGCUUAAAUGUGUCGCUUCCUACUAUAAUAACCCCUACUAAAACCCAUUCAUUCGUCUAGUACACACAAAACAUUCAUACGAUCGCGCUAGUAAUCGCUUAUCGACCAUAUUACAAACACUCUCAUACACGCAUCAUUCCUUUCGUGUCCCUUGUCGCUCGUAUGAAUAAUAUGUGUAUGUAUCUUAAAACAUUAAUGCAAUGCAACUGAAUGCAUCCAAAUUUAUAGCAACGCCGUCAUCAAAAACAUACAAAAGAAAAAGAGAGAGAGUAGGAGAGAAAGGAGAAAUUGAUAACACACAAAUAAUACUGCAACUGUACAAACAUGCUCGUUACAAAACAACACUUGAUAAUGAAGAGAUAAAAACGCUAGAAAGGUGGACAAAACAAAUGCUUUAUGAAAAGCAUUGUGGUUGCAACAAAAAGGCCGAAGUUCCUUUUCCACUUUUAUCCCUUCCGUUUACUGCAGCAAAAUGCAAUAAGCAUAUUUUUGAUUUAUUUAACUUUAUGCCCAAAAAUCUGUUCAGUAUUGGAAAACACUCGUCCGCAGUAUCCCGAAGAAAAUAUGAAAAUCCUUUUAGAAAAUUUCCUAUUUUCCGUUUUUCUUUAACAAAACUUACAACUUCACCUCAGCUUAUACCACCAUUCACAUAUUAAACAGCAUGCUUUUAAGGGCAUCUUAAAUGAUGCGAAUUAUCACGAUGUAUGCAACAACAUUUUACCCAUUUUGCAACUGAAGAACAAGCAGAAGCAAACAAACGAAAGCUACAACAACCACACACACACACACCGGAGGAAAUGCAAAAUAAAAUAUGCAACAAAACUCUCACUAUGUUUCAAUGUUUUGCCACCCAAUGCGAUGUAGCAAGCUGAAGAGGCAAAACAGGCAAAACAUGUGCUAAUCCUUGUCCUAAUGUUUAAGUUUUGUGUGUGUGUGUGAGAGGAUAAUAUAGCACCCUAGGCACAUAGACAAAGGUGCCGCAUUCAAUACACGAACAGCGCAGUUAUAAAAGCGGAAACGAGAACCAAAUCUAUUGAGAAAUUGAGGAAAACAAAACGAACACACACACACACACACACACGCACUCAAAUCAAAGGAAAUCUUUUGUUUUCCCACCACCACGUUGUUGAAAAAGGAAAGCUGCUGUGGUGGAGAACAGGCGUGCGUGCUGCUGGCGGGGAAGAAUCGGUAGGGCGAAUCGAAAUCGGUUUGAGAACAUUAUACUAUUGUGAAUAGUUAUGAAGCGAACGGAUGAAGGGAGUUAUGUAAUUUGUAAAAAAAAAACAGAAGUAUAAUAUACAGAUAGACAAUUAAGAAAUAUAUAAGCAUACGAAUUCGGAUGAAACUAAAUUACAAAA